AUGACAUUUACAUAUUUAGAAAGGAAGAUAGUUGACUGCACAAUCUCGGUUACUUUUCUUUUAGGUUUAGGGAACGCUUUUUCCAUUCAAGUACGAAGUAUUACUCUGUUACUUCUUCCAAUGUACUGCGGUAAAGCUGGACGCGGGAUAUUGAAGGCGGUAGUUCUCACUUAUGUAGUGGCCGGACCAAUAACGAAUAUGGCCCUGAACGCGAAAGAAGUAGUUCGUGUGUUUGCCUGCAGCAAUCAACUAUCUUUCAACCUCACAAAGCUUAAAUACUCUUUCAUUGCGAGUCCUGUUAAACGAGCUCUCUUAAGUAUGAAGACUGAAAUCGGUGAAUUCAAAGGUACGUUGAGAUCAAUUAAGACAGUAGUGGGUCCGAUAGAGAUAGAACUGGAGAAUACAUAUGAAAUUCUCAAGAUAAGACCAGCAAGCGAUCUCGUCGACGACAUGUUCGCUUUCAAACAUCACUCUGAUUAUCUUGAAGAAAAAUAUAAGUUAGUUCUCAAAUUGCUUUUCAGGGCUAAGGAAACGAGCCUCAAAGUUCUACAUGCAUUUGAGGAAAAAUACAAUAUAGUAAAAAUAGUUGUCCUGGGGGUUCAUGUGUGCUUAGCUCUCCUUUUCUUGCGGCUGCUUAUAUCAGCACAAAGUUAUCAUGAUCUUUAUUUGACGAGUAUAAAUUAUGAUAAUGUAUACAUAACUUGUUACUUCAAAAGGAUUGAUCAAAGGCGUCGUAGGAAACUUCAGUGUACUCUUUUGCCUCUGAAAAAGAUGGAAAGGAACAGAUACAUUGACGUGUAUUCCACUUCGUAUAUUCCAUCUGAACGCAGCAAGCUAUUUACGCAAGUACUCAAAGUAAUGCUGGAAGCGAUCACAGCCACUACGUUCGUGAUGCUGGACAGGUUGUUCUAUGAAGCGCUUGAUGUGGUUAGACAGUAUGCUAUUGAUAAUGACCCUAUCAAUGGAUUGGGAGACUUGGAAAUCGAGGUGGAAGGUGCAGGCUUUGUUGCUGAUAUGUUGCGCAAAAUGGUUCAAGAGUUAAAUGCCAUUAAUGUUACCAUAUCCAUAACAAAUGAAGGAUGUCUUCCGCAGCCGCGAGCUAUUCCCGCCAUAUUUUAUGUCAAAAUAUACGGAGGCUAUCUUUGGAUUCUCUUACUAUUGUUCAUGAAUCCUUACACACUUCGAUUAAGACGGUUAAUCUGCAGUUAUUUUUACCCUCAGAGAGAAAAGCAAAGAAUAUUGCAUUUAUACAACGAUAUUUUGAAGAAACGUUUGAAAAUGCAAAAGACGUUACGUAGAAAAGCGGUGCAGGCGGUCCGCGCCCACUACCUUUCUGGGGAAAACCUUCUCAGUCUAAGGAUGAAGUUUCCUCGUAUUUUGGGUUGGCUGGGCGCUCUACCUCAUGCUAGAAUGAAAUGUCUCAUUUGCGAGGAGACUGAACCAUGGCACAGAUUACAAAAUCGACAUAACGAAUCCUGGCACUCGUGUGAAAAUGUCAAAUGUCCUUUCUUGUAUUGUGACGAGUGCUGGAAGGACAUAGGCAGCAGCUGCCUGGCCUGCGACCCCGCUCUCAACGAGCUAAGUGACGUGGACUCCUUGAGUGAUGAUAGACCACCUAGAUACUAAUUUAUUUGAAUGCAAAUAAAUAUGUGUGUACGACUUA